GCGCGCCUCCCGGAAGUGGAGUUCCGGCGGGGCGUCUCCGACCUUAGCCGGGGGGCCGGGCUGGCCGGUUCGGGGAAGCGACGGCAGCGGGGAACCCGAUGCGGGCAAGAGGGGCCAGAGAUGGCUUCGGCUGGAGGCGGCGACUGCGAGGGCGCCGCGCCCGAGGCGGACCGGCCUCACCAGCGGCCCUUCCUGAUCGGGGUGAGCGGCGGCACCGCGAGCGGCAAGUCGACCGUGUGUGAGAAGAUCAUGGAGCUGCUGGGGCAGAACGAAGUGGACCACCGGCAGCGGAAGCUGGUCAUCCUGAGCCAGGACAGGUUCUACAAGGUCCUGACGGCGGAGCAGAAGGCCAAGGCCCUGAAGGGACAGUACAAUUUCGACCACCCAGAUGCUUUUGAUAAUGAUUUGAUGCACAGGACUCUGAAAAACAUCGUGGAGGGCAAAACUGUCGAGGUCCCAACCUAUGAUUUUGUGACCCACUCAAGGUUACCGGAGACCACGGUGGUGUAUCCUGCAGAUGUGGUCCUGUUUGAGGGCAUCCUGGUGUUCUACAGCCAGGAGAUCCGGGACAUGUUCCACCUGCGCCUCUUUGUGGACACCGACUCCGAUGUCAGGCUGUCGCGAAGAGUUCUCCGGGACGUGAACCGCGGAAGGGACCUGGAGCAGAUUCUGAGCCAGUACACCACCUUCGUGAAGCCAGCUUUCGAGGAGUUCUGCCUGCCGACGAAGAAGUACGCCGACGUGAUAAUCCCUCGCGGGGUUGACAAUAUGGUUGCCAUCAACUUGAUUGUGCAACACAUCCAGGACAUUCUGAAUGGUGACAUCUGCAAGUGGCACCGUGGAGGGUCCAAUGGGCGGAGCUACAAGAGGACGUUUCCUGAGCCAGACCAUCCUGGGAUACUCACCCCUGGCAAACGAUCGCACCUGGAAUCCAGCAGCAGACCCCACUGAGGAGCGGUGCUCGGCCUCCAGGCAGGCGCCCCCAGAGAUGCCUGCCAGCCCCUCCAAACGCCCCCGCUGCUUCCUCUCCGGGUCUGGUUCAGCCUGUGGUGUUUGGGACACAUCGUUUUACCUGUUGAACGGGGUGUCGGCAGGUGUUCCUGGUGUGCGCACCGGCUCCCUCACAUUUCAGAGCAUUUAGUCUGCUCCACUGAGAAGCGCUGCAGGUGGUGUGGUGAGCCCGCGGUGCCUGCUUCCAGGAGGUACACAUGUCACAUGUUUGGGGACGGUGGAGGAGGCGACCCGGACAUAGGCUGUUCCGGUUUUUGAUAGCAAUCCCACAGUGAGAGAGGCUUUUUAGUACGAUCUCGUUCUCACAUGUAUAACUGAAACAUAAUACUUGCCUUUUUAUAUGUUUUACAUCCAAAUGUUUUGUUUUAUUGUUUCAUAACAUCAUGCUAGUUGCAACCUAUUAACCCAAUUUCGUGACCCACCAGCGAGUUGUGAUCCAGUUUGGUGCACACUGACCCAAGGAGCCUCGGAGAUGCCUCCUUCCUGGCCUGUGCUCCAAAGGCAGAGGGCGGAAGGAACCUGGGCAACAAGCGUUUUCUUUACCAGCAUCAGACAGAAGGCAGGGUGUUCGCUGGCCCAGCCCCCGAGCCUGCCUGGCCCCUGCGGGCGGGGUGUCCACACGCAGUCCUGCACGGGCCCUGAGCACAGGGUGCUGUCCGGACAGGCCUUCCCCAGUGUAGCCCAGGGCAAGUCCAGCUGUGUGCUGCGGCCCCAGGCCAGCCCGUCUCCCUGCGCUCAGCCAGGGUCCGUGGCCUCACAAAUCCCUGUGGUUGUGUCCUUUGUCUUCCCUCCGACAUGGUGGCGUUUCUGUAAAAGUGAUCCCUUCCCACUGCCACCAGCUAAACUCCACAGGCACUCCUGGCUUCUUUCUGUUGAGUAGUAACUAGUUACAUAAGUGACAUCAGUGGAGCUCGGCUGAGCGCGUGGCUGGUUUCUGAUGACUGACAGUUUGGUCAAGCCUAUUGUGUCCUUUUGGAGAGUCAAUAAAUAGUACCCAUUUGAAUGCCAA